AUGCACGGCAUUACCUUGCCCUACGUGCCGCACUACGUUGCUGCACCUCCUACGAAGGAAAACUUGGAGUAUGCCGACCUUGCGAUCAUCGACAUUUCGAAAGCCAGCUCCGAAGAAGGUUGUGCCUCGCUCGCAAUUGAAUUAAGGGAGGCUCUCCUGAAUUUCGGGUUCUUCUAUGUCGUGAAUCAUGGAUAUUCGCAAACACAAACGGCUCGCAUGUUUGACAUUGCAGACGUACCCUUCUCAGCUGUCACCGACAGCGAGAAGCAAAUUUAUGCUUCGACAAGAAAGCAAGAUGGGAUGCUCCAAGGAUAUACAUCAGUGCAGUACGCGGAUAACGAUGGUCGAGUGCGCGACCAGCUUGAACAAUACUGUAUCAUUCGCGAUGUGACCAAGCGAAAGCACCCAGAAGCUCUCCUCCCUCUCCUCCCAGAGAUACAGGAGUUCAGCACACACAACUACUUCAAUGUGUUGUAUCCUAUCCUGAGGCUUAUUGCCCGCAGCCUCGAGCUACCAGAAGAUACACUGGUGAACAAACAUGUCUUUGACGCCGUCGGCGAGACAGCUGUUAGGUUCAUCAAGUACUACCCACGAACAGAGGAAGAAGAGGCCAAAACAAAGAAUGUUUGGCUGAAAGGCCACACGGACUUCGGAAGUGUUACAAUUCUAUGGAGUCAGCCUGUCGCCGCAUUGCAAAUCCAGACCCGUGAAGGUGAAUGGCGUUGGAUCCGUCACAUGGAAAAUGCGCUUGUGGUUAACGUAGGCGAUGCAAUGGACUUCCUUACUGGCGGAUAUUACAAAGGCACGAUCCACCGCGUUGUCCAGCCCGCGGUGGACCAGCGGGACUAUACUCGUCUUGGAGUGUUCUACUUUGCUAUCCCUAACGACGAUAUCAAAUUGGUGCCGAUGGUUGAAAGCCCAGUCUUACAGAGAGUAGGAAUUCAGAGACGGUGCGAAGAUAGCGAGGCACCGAUAAUGGAGCAAUGGAGGAAAGCAAGGACGAUGGCUUAUGGCCUGUCGAAACUGAAGAGUGGAAAAGAAAAAGGCGUAGAAGAAGAGAUGAUCCACGGGGUGAUGAUCAAGCAUUAUAACUGA